AUGCAACUGGACCCCAAUGCUCUAGUCGCAGAGGAAGAUGUUGACGGGGUCACCCUCCCCAACCCUCUCUCAGCCUUGGGAGUUGAUGGGGAGGACCCUCGCAUGAAUGGUGCUGAUAUUGAUGCAGUAAUAGCCGCCCUACAGCAAAAAAAACAGCACCUCUUAGCUGCCAAAAAGGCCUCGGUGAGUCGCAUUCUUCGUCAACCUGAGGUCCCCCGGGGGCAAAUCCUUCCAGUGGCUCCUGCACCUGUAGCACCUUCACUGUUUCAGUCAAUCAACGCGCCUGAAGGUGGCGACUACCUGCAAUCUCACGGGGGUGGGGGAGUGGAGCAAGGCGGCGAGGGCGUUGGGUCUGCCCAGAUGCAGAACUUGCCCAGCUAUGGCCUUCCUGCAGCUGCUCUCCCAGCAGCCCCAGUCCUUGCUGCUUCAGUCCCAGCUGCCCCAGAAGUUGCUGCUGCCCAAGACCUUGCUAAAAUGGCGCUGGAGACGUACGUGCUUCUAAUUACUGAGGCGCCUGCACAGGAGAUGCUGUUCUACCCGUCGUGGGAGGAUUUUCAGCCGCACCUAGUGCGGAAGUACAUGCGGAAUGGCGUAGUCAAGGACUUGUACUACUACGUCAACGGCGGUAAUCAGGCGCGGGCGGACAGUGCGAUGAAGAAGGUCUCGAACAAGCGCUCCAACACUAACAAGACGUUCAAGUACUACGGGUGGGGCGCGGGGGGGUACUACGUGGACAAAGACAAGUGGCCAGCACUCGCUAAGGAGGGGAUAAUAGUCUCGGAGGAACGAGAUGUGGCAGCUUGGGUGAAACAUUUCAAGCAUGUCCUGUAUGGCAACCAUUGGCAUUGCUCUGCUAAUGGUCGUCCCUUCGCCACCAUUGCCUUUGAGAAGGCGGUUUGCAAGGGGUUCGGAAGCAGCAAGUGA